UCCCCCAGCGGGCUCCUGAGCGCAGGGUUUGCACGCUACUCUUCCUUGAGUCCAGAGGCGUCCGGUCUACUUCCAGGAGGCCUGGGGCCUUUCUUCUCUCCCAAACGUAAAGAGGGCUGCACUCGCCAAGGGUCGGUUCUCUGCCUCAGGAAUAGGCACCAGUCCAAUUCGGACUCGGAGCUGUUGGCUUUGGACCCCUCCCCACUUUCUCUUUUCCCCGUCUCCUGCUCCUAGCUCCAGGCCCAAUGGUCCCCAAAGAGCGAAAUGAAAGGGAUGGGAACUGUGCUCGGUGAUCUCUCCGAUGCACGGCUGGAAGGGUCGGCUUCUCACAGCCGAGGCUGGGACCCUGAAGCUAGCGCCCCUCCUCCUUCCUCCGCCAGGGAUGUUUCUUCGCCAGCUCUGUGCUGUUAGUCCUCCCUCUGGAACUGGCGACAGCAGAGAACGACCCUAGGAGGGAGCUUCAGCACACCUCUUCCUCCAAAUUAACUGUUUGGUGACUUGCUAGCGCUGCGGCUAGGAACUCUCCCACCCUCCCGCGGGGCGUCCGGCUACCUCGCAGUCCCCCACGCCUCCUCCUCUCUGAUCCGCCCCCAGCUCCGCCCCAGGUCCCCAUCCGGCGCAAUGGAGUUCUGUGAAGGGCGAUGACACCAGCCACAGCUGCUAACUUCGCACCCAACGCCGCCUCCGGCCACCCCCGGCCGCCGAGCCCUGGAGGUCCGGAACCCAGUGCGGCAGCCAGGACCCGCCAGACAAGCAGCAAAGACAAGGCGCCCAGGCGUCCGGACACCUCUCGGAGAGCACAGGCUGCGCCAAGACGCUGAGCACAGAACCCGGCAAGGAGACUGAGUCCCGGAAGGGGGCUGCGAGGCGCAGAGAGCCGCGGAUUCUGCGGACAGAUAGCCACCGCCGCCGCUGCGUACCCAAGCCGCACCGGAGGCGGGAGGGUGGCUCACAAGGACGCAAGGAUCCACUGCGAUCUUCCUGGAGUCCUUUGCCCCAGAGCGCACUAUGACCUGACCUACAGGUCCGUUGCCCAGGUCUCCUGCAGUCGGGUAGCCUAAGACAGAGGGAUCGUGGUCAAGCUUCUACCAGGCCGCCUCCGGAUCUUCCAACCCCGGCUCUGCGCCUCCGUCCCCGCGGCCCGGCGCCAUGGAGCUCUCCGAUGUGCGCUGCCUUAGCGGCAGCGAGGAACUCUACACCAUCCACCCCACGCCCCCGGCCAGCGACGGAGGGAGCGGCUCCCGGCCCCAGCGACUGCUGUGGCAGACAGCGGUGCGGCACAUCACGGAGCAGCGCUUCAUUCACGGGCACCGGGGCGGCGGCGGCGGGAGCGGAGGCUCCCGCAAAGCCUCGAACCCCGCGGGCGGAGGUCCCAACCACCACACACCGCAGCUGUCGAGCGACUUCGAGCUGCCGCUCUAUUCUCUGGGCCCCAGGGAGCGAGCGCACAGCACUGGUGGCACUAAAGUCUUCCCGGAACGCAGCGGGAGCGGCAGUGCUAGUGGCAGCGGAGGUGGGGGCGACCUGGGCUUCCUACACCUUGACUGUGCCCCAAGCAACUCGGAUUUCUUCCUUAAUGGGGGCUACAGCUACCGAGGAGUCAUUUUCCCCACCCUGCGUAACUCCUUUAAGUCUAGGGAUCUGGAACACCUCUACCAGCGCUAUUUCUUGAGCCAGAGGCGCAAAUCCGAGGUGGUGAUGAAUGUGCUGGAUGUGCUGACGAAACUCACUCUCUUGGUCCUUCAUUUGAGCCUGGCCUCGGCCCCCAUGGACCCACUCAAGGGCAUCCUUCUGGGCUUCUUCACUGGUAUCGAGGUGGUCAUCUGCGCCCUGGUGGUGGUCAGGAAGGAUACCACCUCGCACACAUACCUGCAGUACAGUGGUGUGGUCACCUGGGUAGCCAUGACCACCCAGAUCCUGGCAGCAGGCCUCGGCUAUGGGCUUCUGGGCGAUGGCAUCGGCUAUGUGCUCUUCACGCUCUUUGCCACCUACAGCAUGCUCCCGCUGCCACUCACAUGGGCCAUCCUGGCCGGCCUGGGCACUUCACUGCUCCAGGUGGUCCUUCAGGUGGUCAUCCCCCGUCUGGCAAUCAUUUCCAUCAACCAGGUGGUGGCCCAGGCAGUCCUCUUCAUGUGUAUGAACACAGCUGGAAUCUUCAUCAGCUACCUGUCUGACAGAGCCCAGCGCCAGGCCUUCCUGGAGACUCGGAGGUGUGUAGAAGCCAGGUUGCGCCUGGAGACAGAGAACCAGAGACAGGAACGGCUCGUUCUGUCUGUGCUCCCCCGGUUUGUUGUCCUGGAAAUGAUCAAUGACAUGACCAACGUGGAAGAUGAGCACCUGCAGCACCAGUUCCAUCGCAUCUACAUCCAUCGUUACGAGAACGUCAGUAUUCUUUUUGCAGACGUUAAAGGAUUUACCAACCUCUCUACGACCUUGUCUGCUCAGGAACUGGUCAGGAUGCUGAAUGAGCUCUUUGCCAGAUUUGAUCGCCUAGCCCAUGAGCAUCAUUGCCUUCGAAUUAAAAUCCUGGGAGACUGCUACUACUGUGUUUCUGGACUUCCGGAGCCCCGGCAGGACCAUGCUCACUGCUGCGUUGAAAUGGGGCUCAGCAUGAUCAAAACUAUCAGAUAUGUGCGGUCAAGAACGAAGCAUGACGUUGACAUGCGGAUCGGGAUCCAUUCAGGCUCGGUGCUGUGUGGCGUGUUGGGACUGAGAAAGUGGCAGUUUGACGUCUGGUCUUGGGAUGUGGACAUUGCAAACAAACUUGAAUCUGGAGGCAUCCCAGGGAGGAUUCACAUUUCCAAAGCCACUCUGGACUGCCUCAACGGUGACUAUAACGUGGAAGAGGGUCAUGGUAAAGAGAGGAAUGAAUUCCUGAGGAAGCAUAAUAUAGAAACCUAUUUAAUUAAGCAGCCUGAGGAAAGCCUGCUGUCCUUGCCUGAAGACAUCGUCAAAGAAUCAGUGAGCUCCUCUGACAGGAGAAACAGUGGGGCAACAUUCACAGAAGGAUCUUGGAGCCCAGAAUUGCCCUUUGAUAACAUCGUGGGGAAACAGAACACUCUGGCUGCCCUAACAAGAAAUUCAAUAAAUCUGCUUCCAAACCAUCUUGCACAAGCUUUGCAUGUCCAGUCUGGGCCUGAGGAAAUUAACAAGAGAAUAGAACAUACCAUCGACUUGCGGAGUGGCGAUAAAUUGAGAAGAGAGCAUAUCAAGCCAUUCUCACUGAUGUUUAAAGACUCCAGCCUGGAGCACAAGUAUUCUCAAAUGAGAGAUGAAGUAUUCAAGUCAAACCUGGUCUGUGCAUUUAUCGUCCUACUGUUUAUCACGGCAAUACAAAGUUUGCUUCCUUCUUCAAGAGUGAUUCCAAUGACCAUCCAGUUCUCUGUUCUGAUCAUGCUGCACUCCGCUCUGGUUCUCAUCACCACAGCAGAGGAUUAUAAGUGUUUGCCGCUCAUCCUCCGGAAAACUUGCUGUUGGAUUAACGAGACCUAUUUGGCCCGGAAUGUCAUCAUCUUUGCAUCUAUCUUGAUUAAUUUCCUGGGUUCUGUCCUAAAUAUCCUGUGGUGUGAUUUUGACAAGUCGAUACCCUUGAAGAACCUGACUUUCAAUUCCUCAGCUGUGUUUACAGAUAUCUGCUCCUACCCAGAGUACUUUGUCUUCACCGGGGUGUUGGCCAUGGUGACCUGUGCAGUUUUCCUCCGGCUGAACUCCGUCCUGAAGCUGGCUGUGCUUCUGAUUAUGAUUGCCAUCUAUGCUCUGCUGACCGAAACCAUCUACGCAGGUCUCUUUCUACGCUAUGACAACAUGAACCACAGUGGCAAAGACUUCCUGGGGACAAAAGAGGCAUCUCUACUGCUGAUGGCCAUGUUCCUCCUGGCUGUAUUCUACCAUGGACAGCAGCUGGAAUACACAGCCCGCCUAGACUUCCUUUGGCGAGUACAAGCCAAGGAGGAGAUCAAUGAGAUGAAGGAGCUGAGGGAACACAAUGAGAACAUGCUCCGCAAUAUCUUGCCCAGCCAUGUGGCCCGCCACUUCCUGGAGAAAGAUCGUGACAAUGAGGAGCUGUAUUCUCAGUCCUACGAUGCUGUUGGGGUGAUGUUUGCCUCCAUCCCAGGGUUUGCAGACUUUUACUCUCAGACUGAAAUGAACAACCAAGGCGUAGAAUGUCUGCGCUUGCUGAACGAGAUCAUCGCUGACUUCGAUGAGCUGCUGGGUGAGGACCGGUUUCAAGACAUUGAAAAGAUUAAGACCAUCGGCAGCACCUAUAUGGCAGUGUCAGGCCUGUCCCCAGAGAAGCAGCAAUGUGAAGACAAGUGGGGACAUCUGUGUGCCCUGGCAGACUUCUCUCUCGCGCUGGCCGAAAGCAUACAGGAGAUCAACAAGCACUCAUUCAACAAUUUUGAGCUCCGUAUCGGCAUCAGCCAUGGCUCCGUGGUAGCUGGCGUGAUCGGAGCUAAGAAACCACAGUAUGACAUUUGGGGCAAAACUGUGAACCUGGCGAGCCGAAUGGACAGCACAGGUGUGAGUGGCCGGAUCCAAGUCCCCGAGGAGACCUAUCUCAUCCUGAAAGACCAGGGCUUUGCCUUCGACUAUCGUGGGGAGAUCUACGUGAAGGGCAUUAGUGAGCAGGAAGGAAAAAUCAAAACGUACUUUCUGCUGGGAAGAGUCCAACCCAACCCAUUCAUUCUGCCCCCGAGAAGACUGCCUGGCCAGUACUCCUUGGCUGCGGUCGUCCUGGGCCUCGUCCAGUCCCUCAACAGGCAAAGGCAGAAACAACUUCUCAACGAAAACAACAACACAGGCAUCAUCAAAGGCCAUUACAACCGGCGGACUUUGCUGACACCCACCGGGCCAGAGCCAGGAGCACAAGCCGAAGGCACCGACAAAUCCGAUUUGCCAUAAAAGCAUUUUCUUUGUGUUUCUUUUUUGUAUUUCUUUUAUAUAUAAAAUAAAUAUACUAAUAAAAAGGUUUAAUUUUUUUUACAA